GCCCGGAGCCUAUAGAAGCCUUUUGUGUGGCGUCACCGCCUCUCGUUUAAAUCCCGCUUCCUCCUCUCGCCCUUCCCCCGCCCCCUGCGCCGCUCCCGGAUGCUUGCGCGGUGCGCUGCUCCUCCCCCGGGAAGCCGGGGCUGCGCGGGCGCCGCCUCCCCGCCGCCGCGGGCCGAGCCGGGGCACUGGGCCGGGCACCCGCCCGGGCCGGGGGCUCCGCGCGCACCGAGAGGACCCGGGCGCAGCCCGCGCUGGCCUUACGUAAGCUCCCGGCCGGCCCGGGGGACUCUCCGCCUCCUCCCCGCGAGAGAGCAAAUCCGAAGGGUGACCCGCCCUCCGGGCCAAAGGGAGAAGGACACUCGGUGCCAUCCCCCGCGACCACGGUUGAGUAAGAGAGACGGCGGCCUUUGGAGCAAGCAUCACCAUUCCACCGGGAAACUGCCGGGCGGGAAGACAGCAGGUGGCUGGGCGAGGACCACCCCCUCCGCCACCACCAGCUUGUCCUUCAGGAAGUGGUCGGUUGGACACCCGGGCUUCCUCCCAGCAUCUGCCAGGCCUCCCAGUCUUCAAACAGGCCUCCAGAAAGACGACGACAUAGAAGAAGGAGACCUUCCAGAGCACAAGAGACCCCCUGCACCAGUCGACUUCUCAAAGAUAGACCCGGGCAAGCCUGAAAGCAUACUGAAAAUGACCAAAAAGGGGAAGACGCUCAUGAUGUUUGUCACUGUGUCAGGAAGCCCCACCGAGAAGGAGACAGAGGAGGUCACGAGCCUCUGGCAGGGCAGUCUGUUCAACGCGAACUACGACGUCCAGAGGUUCAUCGUGGGAUCAGACCGCGCCAUCUUCAUGCUGCGUGACGGGAGCUACGCCUGGGAGAUCAAGGACUUUUUGGUCAGUCAAGACAGGUGUGCAGAUGUCACUCUGGAGGGACAGGUGUACCCUGGCAAAGGAGGAGGAAGCAAAGAGAAAAAUAAAACAAAGCAAGACAAGGGCAAAAAGAAGAAGGAAGGAGAUCCGAGACCCCGGGCUUCCAAGGAAGACAAUCGAGCCGGGAGCAGGAGGGAGGAGCUGUGAGGGGCAGCGAGGUGCUCUGCAGAGGGACACACGGAGCCUCUUGCCGGGCUCGGGCGGGGGUGGGCACAGGAAACCACACACCGGAUGACAUUCUGAUUUCUUCUAGAAAUGGUCUGUCUCGUUGUCAGUACGAGAAUUACUAUUUAAAAGCCUUCAAAUAAGAAGACAGAUUUUCUGAUUAGUAGUGUCGGGCACUGACAUGUUUACUAUGGAAACGCCUUACAGGGGCUUCUCCCAUUGAAACUUGGCGAGUCGUUGACUACUGAGGGUCCACGCCCCUCCUCCACGCUCUGAGCGGGGGCCUGCUGUGUGUGUGCUUUUUGCUGUCUGUUAACUAAGAGGAUAGCAGAUUCUAAUCAGACAAGUUUUUAAAACUGUUCAUUGAAUGAGACUCUUCUGCCACAAACAUCAUUUUCAUUGCUGUGGAGGUAGGACGUGCUAUGGUGGCGCUGCAGUGAGCUCUGACACCACAUAUAUAUAUAUCUCUCUCUCCAGGAAGCCAGGGUGUGUGAACCCAGAGUCUCUGCAGGCAGGGCAGAGCAGAAGAUAGUAUCGCUUGCAAAUCCUGAGUAGUUAACUUCGAACUUCUUUGACCUGAAUCGCACUUACCAGUUGAAGAGAACUUUUCGUGUGCCUGUCAGGUUUUAUGUGGUCAGUAAAACCUGUUUUGUUUCCUUA